UUAUCCCUCAUGGAAUGAGGGAUACAGGUCUCCCUGAAAGAAUACGUUUUCUCUUCCAUGAAAAAAAGCAAAGAGCAAAUGCACUCCCCGUACGCAGCGGACCCCGUAGUCUAGACAUAGUUUCUCUCUGGGGUUUUGGCCAAAGUCCCUAUAAUGUCACAAGCUAGGAAAGCAUUGUCCAGAUUGUCCCUUUGCUCCAAUAGUGAAGAGACAGAUGAUAUUUUACAGUGCAAUGUGUGACUAGUAAGAGAUGCACCAGUUGAACUAUGCUAUUACAAACAGAUGGCCUUAAAAGAAAAAAUACUGCAUGCCAGAUAGGCUGGUAGGGCUACAGAAACAGGUUUUUCUAGAUUCUGUAAUGUAACAUGCACAUCAAGUAGCUAAGUAGGCUCCUUCCGAACAUUCCUUGUCAGGGAACAGAGAGAACUACAUUUUAACUCCAAUUCUUUACAAAGCAAUAGUAAAGCAUUUCAUACACUUAAUUUCCUUACCAAGCAAACUGGUAGCACAAUAUUGUGAUUGGUUAGGCGAACACAGUAAUCUUUAUGUAGUUAGUAAUCAUUUAUGUACAUUAUUGAACAUUAAAAUUCAUCUGAGAGAGGGGGGAGGAAGAAAGAAAGUGAGCAAAAUACUAUUAUGGUUUCCAACUUUUUUCAAUUCCACCUGAACAACAGAUAUCCUACCUGAUUUCAGAGGGGAUGCAUAGCUGGAUAUAACAGUAUAGUUUGCCCGAGGUUACUUUUUAUAUAAUACCUUGCCAUCCUCAAAAUCCAGAAACAUUGGCAGACUGAUGGGCUGCGUCUAGACAGGUGGCUGUCAGGAAGCAGUGAGCAGCACAAACACCAACUGGAAGGCUUCAAAGGAGCAUGGGGCAGCCACACAACUAGCGGGAGAAAAGCGGUGCUUUGAAGUGGGAAAGCUGUGCUUCUCUGGCCAUUCCAUUUGAGUGCUGGGAGUGGGAAUAGGGCAGAGACGUAGGAAUUGGAUUGUCAUAGAGGUUCCUUUAACUCUACUGCUGGAAGAUUUUUUAUGUAGUGUUACAUAAAUACUUGCUGAGAGGUAUUUUGAAAUAAAUUACAAAAAUAACUGAAACUGGUGUGACUAUGUAGUGUUAUUCUGAAAAAUAAAUUUUGCAGAAUUUUAAAAUAUUGGACAUACAUUUUUUAAUGUUUUGUGGUUAUUAGUGUAUUUUUAUGGUGUGCUAGAAGCUUGCUGGGGAAAAAGAGAGAGAAAUAUCUUUUCAUAGCAGGCAGCCUUUGCAGAACUUCUGAAGGUCUUCACCUCCAGAUAGUACUGUUGGCUGGAUAAGAAGCAAGACAAGUAUAAACAGCAACAUGUCUCCAAAAGAAAUAUAGAUGUAAUUUAUCUUUAUCUGAUAUUCAGAAAUGUAUCCCUGGGCAGUGAAGCAGUUGCAAUUGGGCAACACUCAGUUUUAACUCUGAAACAUUUUGCCUUUUAAUCAUUCUGCCUUUGGUUUAAGUCAAUGUUGCUUUACAAUUAUUUUAAUGCCAAGAACCAUUUUACAUCAGGCCUGGGUGGGCAUCCUAGCUCAGAAACAACUGAUUCCAUCAGAGAUUCUCCCCUAAGGUGCAUUGUAGGAAGAAAAACACCAUUCAAGUCUGGAUUGUGAGAGUGAGCAAAAGACAUUCAUGCACCUCCUCCGCAUGCCUGUUCAUUUCUGAAGGAUUUUUAUUUGUUUGUUUUCCUGCUCUCCCCUUUAGUGAAUAAAAAUUUUCCAAGCAUGGCCCAGCUGCUAAGUCCCCCCGAGGCAUGAGUUGCCCCUUUCGGACCCGGCCGUUCACUCUGAAGCUUAAUGGUGGCGAUUUCUGUGUUUACUAUAAAACUUGUGCCUGACCCCAGAGAAACGAGGCAAUUCUACCCCAGGUGGGUACGACUCUGCUUCGCUCCCUCCAUCCCCGUCCCAAGCCUAUGCCCGGCCUGGGGUCAGCAGCGCCACGCUGGGGUGGCCGGAGCCCACCCCGUCUGCUCAGAGGGAGGGGCCAAGGCGGGAGAGGGGGGCCUUGGGUAAGGAGUAACAGCAGAGCGGAGAACAAGGGGUUAAACUCCGCACUCGCAAGGGGGCGGUGCCCUGCUCAGAAAGAGCGCGCACAUUCGUUCUCCCUAUGGGGCAUGCGCGGGGAUUGAGUUUCCCCCGCAUCUAAUUGGUUAGGCCCAUCUCACUUAGGACAGCGCAUGCGUGCUCACCAGCUGGGUCGCCGGAGCCCUCCCCGUGUCACGUGAUUACGGCGGUGACGAAGUCAGGUGAGCCCGGAGGUGGAGUCACGUGACGGUGGCCGCGGAGAUGGCUGGUGCCGCAGUUGCAGCUGCGCUGCGGCAGCGGCUGGCGGGGCUGGAGCGGAGGCUGGAGCGGUUGAGAGGCGCGGGCGGAGAUGAUGCCUUUUUAGUGAAAGGUGGGAUCUCUUUGGAGAAAUUGAAACCUCUUUGUGAGGAAGAUAAAGAAGCUGUAAAUCCUUCAAACCUUUUGCAGCUUUAUACACAGAUAGUCUUGGAUAUCACAUAUUUUGAGGAGAACCAACUUGUAGAUGAAAACUUUCCAGAAGAUUCUUCCUUACAGAGAGUUAAAGAACUUAUCAAUAUUCUUUCAGAACCAGAAGUUCUAGUUAAAGAAAGUAAUACGUGUCAAGAGCUAGUUGGUGUACUUGGUGCAGAAUUGUUAGAAUGUCUCUCCUGGAGACGAGGAGCUCUACUCUACAUGUAUUGUCACACUGUAAAAGAAAGGGAAGACUGGCUGACAGAAAACAGUUACUUGUUUAAAAAGUGUCUUACUGAUGGAAUCCAUUAUUUACUGAAGAUGCUACAGUUUAGGUGCCCAACUCAGCUAAGUGAUGUCUCAUUUCGGGAUAGAGACACAGCUAGGCUGCUCAGUGAAGGUAUAUUUAGUGAUACCCAUGUACUUGCCAUGAUGUAUAUUGGAGAAAUGUGUUACUGGGGCCUGAAACACUGUGGAGUAGAAAAGCCUGGGACCCAUGAAAUGGAUUCUGAAUCUAAUACUGAACUGUAUUGCUGCUUACGUAGUGCAGUACUGGAUUUCCGAGAAGUAGGAGAAAAGAUGUUAAUGAAAUAUAUAGCUGUGUGUGAUGGACCCUUAAAAGGACAAAACUGGAAUACUACAAAUGCAAUCCUAAUCUUGGACUACUUCAAGAAAUUCCACUGCUAGCUUAAUUAACCAGUUGCUGUUUAUCUGUUCUUUACAAGAAAGUUGCAAUAAAUGAAGAAUACAACUAGAAA